AUGAUAUGUUCAAUAUCUGGUGAAAUAGCCACUGAUCCAGUGGUAUCACCAAAAAGUGGUGCUAUAUUUCAGAGGAAGCAUAUUGUUAACUACAUAGCUACCAGUGGAACGGACCCAAUAACUGAUGAGCCUUUGACAGAAAGUGAAUUGAUAUCAUUAAAAGUUAAUGAAAAAUCCACAGCAAUAGCACAACCUUCACCGCCAGAUCCAUCAAACUCGUCUAUCCCUUCAUUGCUUUCUACGUUUCAAAAUGAGUGGGAUGCAAUAGUUUUGGAAGUGUUUACUUUGAAGAAACAAUUACAGAGUGCUAAACAAGAACUUAGUAUUGCAUUGUAUAGACAGGAUGCAGCUGUCAAUGUAGCAGCCAAGGCAAUUAGGGAAAGAGAUGAAGCAAGAGAAGCAUUAGAAAAGUUGUCACUGUCGAUAAAUUUAUCAGAUGUACCAGAUACGAACACUCCACCUGAAGAGGCGGAACCUAAACCAAAGAAAUCAAAAAAAUCUCUGUCGAAAGGAACGCUGGCAAAACAUUCAAACGAUAAAGAUAGUGAAACAAUUGAUUCUGAGCAAAUUGAGAAUAUAGUACGGGCAAGAGAUGAAUUGUUCAGAUUGCACAAAUCCCAGAAAAUCAAAUUACCAUUCGACGUAGACACUUUCUUGAAACAAAAAGGAGUUGAUAUCCAGUCUAUUUUUGAAGGUGAAAAAAUCUCGAAUUAUGUGUAUAAUAAAGAAAUAGAUACAAUCGUUGGGGUAAGUCAAGAUAAAGUCAUUAAACAUUCUCUUGUGGAUGGAGCAUCCACAAAGUUGGAUCUCAAGAAUGUCAAGUUGGUGGAAAUAAACAAUAAUGGUGUGGUUGCUGUGCUGUCUGGGACCAAAAUCAUGUUUUCCAAUUACAAAACAAUUGAAUUAAACUGUGAAGCUGAACAGAUAAUAUGUCAUCCAUCACUAGAUUUUUUUGUUGUGUUGGCAGCAAAGAAAUGGUUUGUGAUAAGUACUGAUUCCAUAGUGGCUUCCCGUAACGGUGUCUUAUCUUUAGGGGCACUUCAUUAUGAUGGUGAGAUCUUGGCCACUAAAAAUGAUGAUAAAAUUAAGUUAUAUAGUAUAGUUUCUGGGGAUGAAUUAGGAACGUUUACUGCAACUCAUGAAAAUAUUGCUAAAUUAGAAUUUGCUACCAAUGGGUAUUGGCUACUUGCUUUGUCGACAGGUGACAAUACCAGUUCCAUUCAAAUUUUUGACUUGAGAAAGGGAAUUGAAGUUCAAAAUCUACAAUUUAACGAAGUGGCAACCAAAAAAAUCGGUAAUAUUAUGUUUUAUAGCUUACACAGUUUUUUCAAAUAUUUGUAA